GGUCGGGAGAUGAGUGAGGUGUAUUACGCCCUGCCAAGACCAGCACCGUAUAUUCCGGAUAUUAAUUACAAAACAACUAUAACUAAAGACCCGGGCAGUUCCCAAUAUACACUGGCGUCAAAAGGAGAGACACCGACGGCAAAUCCAACAUGUGCAUCUGGAAGUGUUUCUUUAACUCCUGUAUACGGUAUAAACAGGGCGUUGUUCUUUCUGACAAAUACCGCUAUACAAGUCACGUGGUCAAGUUGUCCUACAAAGUACACACUGAACAUGCGAUGUGCAAACUAUAAGAUGGGUCAGAAGAAAUGUUUGAUUAAAGACACAGUAUUCAGUGUUUAUAUACAUGGUAAUAUGAAUGAUGCACCAAUCACCGAGAUUAUAGAAGAUCUGUGCCGAGCUACAGGAGUAAAGUUUGGUUCGCCUACCUUAGAAUGGUACUUUUCAUUCGGAGAAAAUACUCUUUGUUGACAAGUGAAAAACUGAACAUUUCUACGAAGUCCCGAGAGCACUGUUGGAAAGUUACAACCAAUGAUAUUACUUUAUUUUCUCUCAAAUAGUUUACCUUACUUUUAUUCUCAAUUUAUAUUCAGAUAUUUUUGUUUAAAGAAUGUACAAGAAUAUAAAAUAUGAUGUAAAACUUUGACAUUGGGCUGUUGCUACUGUUGUUAUAACUUGUAACACGACCCAUUUGGACAUUUCUGGUGAAUUUAUUUCUGUAUUAUUCAUGUUAUUUUACAUGUAUGUAUGUAUCAAAUAUUUGCAAUAAAAUAUUAAUAUAUUGAUAACAAAUAAUAACAUUUCGCAAACAAACAAAAAUCAGUGAAACAAAAUGUUAUGGCCUUUAGAAUCGUCCUAACGGCUUGGGUUAUAUUUACAAGCACUCCGUUUAAGGCCAUAUAACAGGUCAACGAUCUUUAUAACUAAUAAUAUAAACGUAACGAUUAUCCAAUGAAAAGCGACGUUACAAGCGUGCAGUAUUACGCACGGAAAUAUUAUCUCUCAGAUGCCUUUACCCAAUUUGUAAUGCCCGAAAAUUCCUAUUUUGUGUAGCAUUAUUAAAUGUGAAUAUAAAGUGUUUAAUUUGAUGCAGCCAUGAAUAUAAAUAAUAUAAAAACACGGCUGUCCAAUAAAAAUGAACGCUAGAAACGUGUAGUAUUAUAAACAUGUAGAUCUAUAUAUAUUAUCUCAGUA